CUUGAGUCAUUUUCUCUCAAUGAGCAGCAGCAUCGGCGGCUCUGCGGUGGACGAUGGCGCCGCCGCGGUCGUGUCUGUCGGGCGGCACUUUCUUGAGGCCGUGUCGCCCAUGUUCCUGAUGCCCGCAGCCAUCGCGUCGACGGGCGGCAUCUCGCGCACCCAGCCCAGCCAUCUCGCUGCUGACAUUGAGCUCGCCUUCCUCACGCUCGCCUCACGCGCGCGGCUACUUCCAGGCGGCGACGAGCGUGAGACAAGUACCGUGUCAGAUUGGCUGGCCGACAAGGCACGGGACAUUCGCGCACUGCUGCGGGAGACACGCAUCGAGCUGCUGCUUGCAUCGUUGCUCAUAAGUCUGAUGGAGCACACUGCCAAGAGCACGCGCACGACGCGGGAAUCGGACGCAGGGACGACCGCUGGUUAUGCUGCUGCGGUUAGCAAUCCCGCCAGCGCCAAUGCCAUCCCAAGUACGACAACUACUACUCCUCGAGUAACUACUACAGCUGCUACGGUCCCUACUCCUGCGCCUAUCGAGGUCGCUCAUCAGACGAUUGGUACAAAGACGAGGAAUGACACGGUUUCGUCCAACUCGAGCACGUCUGCGGAAGCAGCACCCCCGCAAUCCAGUCGAGUUCCUCCUUCUUCAGCUGCAUCCACGCAUGUAACAGCAGCAGUAGUACCACCAUCCACAACACCCGGACAAGCGAUGGACGAUGCGUUGCUCGAGCUGGAACAGCUGCAAAGCAAUGUCCUCGGCGACAUCCUCGAUGAAUUUAUUAACGUCAUGGCCACGAUGCAGCCAGAGGAGCUCAAGACGGCAACGGCAUUCCAAUCGACAGCACCAGAACCCGAGCAAGUACCAGUGAGGCAAGUAGAGCCAACUAGAAAGCCUGAGGAGCCCGCCGCCAAGGUGAUCCUUCCAAUUGCAAAGCGAUUACCUGCCGCGCCUCCGGUUCCAGUAGCUUCGGCUCCUGUUGCUCCAGUUGUCUCGGCUCCAGUUGCUCCAGUUGCUCCAGUUACUCCAAUUCCAGUCGCUCCAAUUCCAGUUGCUCCAACUCUGGCUGCAGCCGCAGUUGCACAACCAACUACAUCAUCGCCAACCGCGGGAGCAACGGCAGCUCCCACCUCACCGCCUCCCAGUACCCAGCAUUAUCAACCACCAGUGGCCGUGACUGCAGCCAGCCCUCCGCCCAUCUCGGCCCCGUCCUUGGAGCAACAGCAGCAAUCAACCCCGGUGCUGCCUCCUGUUGCUCGCCAGACCACCACCCCAGCAUUGUCGCCAACCUCAGCACCGGUGGCAAGUUUGCCAGUAGCAACUAGUCCUGUUUCGAUUCUGCCUCCUGUGACCACUCCGUCCCAGCGCAAAUUCUCGACCGAACAGCAGCUCCCCAAAGCCAUCCGGCAAGCAGCUCCGCCACCAGCGGCCGCUUCAACUCCCUCUCCGGCCCUGGCUGCGUCAGCCAACGAAGCCUCCUCUGUGCGCGUGUUCAAGUCUUCGUCUGGGUCGGCACCCACAUCUCUCAUUCAUCCUGGGAAGCUAGAUACCCCAGUUGGAGGAGAUUCCGUCGUUUUGCCCCGCGCCCAAUCAGCCUCUGCUUCGACCGCUACGCGUGUGUCACCCCCAGACUCCACCGCGCUGCUUUCACAGCAAGGCGACGACGGCGAGACCCGGUCAUCGGUGGACGAGCGGCCUGCGACGCGCUCAUCACACUCGAGCAGCAAUGACAAGCUUUUUGUCGCUCGCUUCUUCACCUCGCUCGAGCUGCACGCUCCACCGCAGCUUAUCGAGUCGAACAAUGUGUCGCACAUUGUAACGAAAAACCUGAUUAUGAAUGCCAUCGAUCCAGUCAAGGCGGACAAGACCCGACUUACGCAAGAGUUUGACAUGCAACGCAUUACCGUCACCCGACAUGAAAACGACCAGCGAGCCGUGACAGUCACCAAGAGCUCCGCAGAUGGCGGGAGCAGCAAUAAUCGGGCCAAUCUAUACUACAGGGAGUUGGUGCCGCUUAGUCCAAACUCGACGCCAGACACGCGCUCGUCCGCCACCUCACCGACUGGCUUCCAAUCACCACACCGAGCGCAGUCGCCACAGCCACAACCACCGUCUUCACCAGCACAGUCACUCUCCAUACAAGCCUCGCCGCCCUCUGUGAGCUCGUUUUUCCAAUCCGAUCAUUCCGAUCACUCCGACGACACAAGCUCUGACGAUCGUCCCAUUUCCACCGCCUCCGAACUGUUCCACAUUUGGCAGGCAUCCAAAUCAAGUUAAACGAUACCUAGAACCAAAGCACAUGCGCCUCUCGUAUUUGUUCCAUUUUCUUUUUGUACAUUGUGUAUGUUUAAUCGAGCUCAUUCUACUCUGUCCAGUCUACUCUCGAUGCACGCUCCCUAUGUA